UGACAACAGCGUCUGUUUAUUUUAUUGUGUUAUGUGUUGUUAUAUUUGAAUUUUCAGGAUGGCGGGUCAGUCUAUCUGUUCGCUUCAUAUUCAGAAACUCGGUCACCACCUCGAAGAAAUCCGGAUACGAGCAUUGCACAGCUUGCUGUCAAAACUUAACUGUGGAUUCAUUGAAGACAGAGAAUUGGCUUCAAGACCAGAGCUUUUGAAAAAACUCUUAGAUUGGUUUGGUUUUGAUAAUGUUUCAGAAGAAGAGAAGGUUUUGGAACUAAUUUUAAGGAUUUUGAAGGCAGACGAGGGAGGAGACUUGCUGAUGCUUCUGAAAAUGCCGGAUGCGACAAAGUUGCUGGACAAGAUUAAGGAGAAGAUCAGUGACUCCAAGGGUCUGGGUCUUCUGGGUCAGAUCUGCGAGAUGACGUCGAGCUUCCGAGGUUCGGAUGUCCCUCCAACGGGGUCCCGUGGCUCACCAGACCAUGGAAGUGAAACGAGUGGAGUGGCGACCACUUUCGAGCUGUUUAUUUGUGAAAAUGAGGUUGACCAGAUGACCGGAGUCUCUAAAGAGUCCAGCGAUGUACGUCGGACGGGGGGCAGCGUGCCACCGGACCAGCUGCGGGCAAGCCUCCCACGCCCCGCGCUGCAGUGGCAGCCGCUCUGUCCCACGGACAGGCAUGUGCUGGCUGCGACGGAGGAGAGCCUCGCGCGAGCGCCUGCCCCGGCGUGCCGGUUCCUCCGCGACGUCAUGCUGCAGGACUUCCCUGCCGAGGUGUUCCUGCAGCGGCCACGCACUGUGCAGUUGCUCCUGAAAUUGCUGGAACCAGGGAGCGACAGGUCCCUGCACUCGUCUGUGUUGAAAUGUUUGUACGAUCUGACAGUCAAGCUACGAGUCAGAGUUGAGUUCUCUAAUGACCCGUGUGUCCACAGUUUGAAGCAAGAACUGGACCAGAGCAGCUUGACUCCCGGGAGCGGGUCAGCCCGGUCCUCGGCCAGCUGUGGCGAGGGCGGCCCCACGGCAGGGCAGUACCUGCAGGGCUGCGACCUGGGGUGGGCGUCACCACGGCGUGCGCCGGGCGGCGACCACGAGGACGAGCUGCUGCUACGACUGCGGCAGCUCGGGCUGCCCCAGUUCUGCCUGCUGGCACUCGAGGCUGCCAUACUGCUUGUGCCCACCUCUGGCUCUGGGGAAGCGUUCUCGUUGGUGUGGAGCCUUGCUGACCUGCUGUCCACAUGCGCGACUGCCUCGCUGUGGUUGUCGACUGACAGUGUGGCCCAGGAGGUGUCCCAAAUGGCAAAGAAUGUGUUUGUGUCACUCGGAGAUGCUCUGGACCACUGCAGGCGUGGCUGCCGUCUGAGCUACCUACAGCUGCUGAGCGUCGCGCCUGAACUGCUGUCCCAUCUGGCGUUGCCGGACUUAGACUUAGCCGACGCGGCCGUCCCCAUCAAGACACAACUUCUUCUCGCAGACGCAGUGUUUGACUACGCGCUCGCGGAACUGUACCCACGUCUGCAUUCAGAGCUGCUGCGCCACCUUCAGAUGUUCUCAGACCGUAAGGUACAGGAGAGACUACAGUUGUACUCAGGUGCUACAAAAUUUUGUGCAUCGCUGAAGGCGACGGCGCAGUUGCUGAACAGCUCGAGUGAACUCAGCGGAAGAGAGUUUGUGUCGGUGCUCGAGUCCGCUCUGCUCAGCCUCCCGGUCCACGGAAACAUGAGCGUGGUUAAACACGCACUGGACAUUUAUUUUAGCAGGGCUCAUAGCUGGUAUUCAGACGAGGAAGUAUGGAAGCAGUCGUCCAAUGUUCUGCUGAGGCUGUUUGCCCACGCGGAGACGCGCGUGCGGCAGGAGACGUACAAGUCCUGCCACGGACAUGUGGUGGUGGCGCUGGGCGUCGGUCACGCCAGCUUCCCGCAGGCGGCCAAUCACGCGGUACAGCUCUUCGACACUCCCCUGCUCGUGGAGGUCAUGUGUCAUGGAGCGUCCAGUCCAAAUAAAGAGAUACAACGGUAUGCCGAGGAGAUGUUAAUCCAUCUUCUGAAGGGAAAGUUCUUGAUGUCUGACCAGAUGUGGAGGAAGUUCGUCGAGAGUCUUAUACCAACCUUUCCAUUAUUGCUCUGUUACGCGACCAAAGCAACCGCUCUGGGUCGUGCCAUCACGAAGAUGCUGGACCCUGACGUCAGCUCGACGAUACUCUUACCUGACUUUGUUGUGUUUAAGGGAAACCUCUGCCUCCUCUUCCUACUGGACCGACCCUCGCAGCGGCAGGAGGCGGCGGCGCGGCUGGCCUGGCUACUUGCGAAGCAGCCACGGUCCAGCGACCUCCUCCCAGACCUGUCAGCUGUCAGCGCUGUGGAGAUCGGGCACAUCUUCUUAAUGGACGAGCCACCUGUGACCUUUCGUGUCGACCCACGGCAGGUGUUUUACGAGCCGGGGGACCUGUGCCAAGUGCUGGAGCUGCUGGAGAGCGGGUUCGUGGAGCCGGCGGUGCGCCGGUCGGCACUCACGCAAGCCGCCGUGAUGCUGCGAGAUCCGCGCCUGCACGCAGUCUUCUUGCAGCAGGAGGGCCUGCCGCUCGUCCUGCAGCUGCUGCGCUCUGCUCUGUCGAGGAAUGAUUGUACCAACAGUUCGGAGUCUUUGGUUCCGAUCAUCAGCAUCCUCAGAAGCCUAGCCCACCACAACUCCACUGUGAGACAAGAGCUAGCACUGCUAGAAUCUGUGUUUGACUGUGUUCUGCGUGCGGGCCUGAUGUUCGCGGAGAGACGGCACCACCGCGCCGCAGCUGUCCACCUGCUGUGCUUGCUGCUGUAUGCCGACUAUUUGCUCCCGGCGCCCCCCAGCGCAAGCGAGGAUGGGGCCGAUCUCUCCCUCCCACGGCUGGUCGUAGACACGGCACGGCUGCCCUUCCGUUCGGCCAGCCACUGGGGCACCAGCCCCCAUGCCCGGCCCUCCUGCACAGACGUUGCGCGGGACGAGAAGGUGCGCCGCCUGCUGUCGCUCCGCUGGUCGGCGGAGUGUUCCGGCGGUGUGGCCACCCUGCUGGGCACGCAGGUUCUUCCUGGCGGCACCGAGGAGCUGUGUGCGACCCCAGCAGACCUGGUCGCUCUGCGGCAGUCCUCGGUCACGCUCACCUGCAGGGAGAGCCUCCAAGCCAUCAGUGAUGCCAACACGCACAUCACCGUCUACAAGCACCUCCACAUCCUCACUGGGUACGCAUGGCUGCAAAUGGCUACGGAUGACUGCGAGGAGAACGAAUGGCACGAGCUGCCCUGGGAACAGACAUUCUGCAGGUUCCUGACGACCCGGCCGGCCAGCGUGAAGGACGAGCGGCUACUGGCGGCCGUGCUCGACUUCCUGUGCCUCCAUCUUAGGGCGUUCCCUAGAGAAGAGCCACCGGGAGCGGAGCGCAGCUGGCUGGAGGGAAGACUGCGGGCACCAGACGGGCCACUCCUGGUGCUCCUGGAGAAGGCAGGGGGGAAUGGGGGGGAGGAGGGGCCCGACAGGGAGCUGUGCCGUGCCGCCCUGCAGCUGUGCGAGGAGUGCUGUGUCGCGCGCGGCUGGGCUCCCGUGGUCCGCGCACUCACCCGCUGCCUGUGCUGCUCCGACUCCCAGUACUUCUACAACCUGGCCCUGCUGGCGUGGACGCUGUCCUGCCUGACGCACGUGACCAGCCGCGCAGGCUGGAGCGACGGCGCGGCAGAGUGGCGCGAGCUGGCGGGCUGCCUGUGCACGCUGGUGACGGCGUUCCACUGCAACGCAGGCGCGGGCUCCUUCAUGGGGCUCUCGGUUACGUGCGGCGCCGUGCUCUGCCUGAACCACCUCCUGGCCGAGAUGCACCGGUGCGUGCAGGAGAAGGAGUGGACAGAGGCCUGGCUGCUGACGCUGGGUGAGGCAUAUCAGCUGUGGCUACCGUCGCUGUGGCAGUGCCGGGACCCGAUGGUGCGAGCGGGCUCACUGCAGCUGUUGGCGGGCCUGUGUGUGUCCCACCGCCUCUGCACCAUGCUGCUUGCCAGCUUCAACUUGGUCUCCGUGGCCCUUGGCUUCGUUGCGGACCACCGGGAGACCAGUCUGGUCCGGGAGCAAGCCGCAGUCCUCCUCACCAACAUCACCAGCCACAAGUCACGCAUGCCUCCAUCUCCAAGCGGUGACAGGCUCCAGCUGCUGCUGCAGGACCUGGGAGAGGCACUGCAGAGGCACAGCUUCUACCGCGAGCUGGCGAUGGUGCUGUCGGGGCUGCGUCUGGGCGACCGCUCGCUCGGCAGGCGGAGGGUCGAGUCGCUGUCCGGGCGGAGACUGCCCCCGGGCGACCAGAUAGCGCUGGUGUGCGAGGCGCUGCCGGGCCAGGUGCACGCGUCCAGCAAGCCAGAGUCCGAGGUAUCGGGAAGUGAGACAGAUGACACCUACUCGUCGAUGGUCACUUCGCCGAGCCUUGUUGGUGCCUGCUGCUGGCUACUCUUGAACCUGUUGAUGGUUGAUGAGAGGCAUACGCUUGCCAACAUUAUGGAACAUGGCAUCAUUGCCAUGAUGUUUGUGUGCCUAGGCAGUCCAUUUUCGUUGGCCGAUUGCGCCGCCUCCCUGCGUGCCGACCUAGCGGAGAUGAGGACUGCGGCAUGCAACGUACUGUGCAAGUGCGUGGCGUUGAGUGACGCGUGCCGUGCGGCCGUGCUGCGCCUCUCAGGCUGCCUCCGUUCCUUGCUGCUGCUUGUCAAUCCUGCUGACUAUCGGAUGGACAGCGAGCGAAUACUGCUGCUACGUGACCGCCUGUGGAGUGCCGUGUUCCGGCUGCUGUCGGCCCUGAUGGCGCCAGGUGACCUCAGGCGGGAUGGCUUCGAGGCGGUGCGUGGUGCGCUCAUCGGCGACGGCCGCGCCCGGUUCCUGCAGGCCUUGAGGCUGUCGCUGGCCGAGGACGCAUGCCCGGACCUGAGGAGCAGCUCGCUAGUGUCCCUCGCGUCUCUUCUAGCGCCUCAGGUGGCGGACGUCGCGGCGGAGAGAAGGGACGACGUGGAUGGCGGCAUAGGUUCCGUCUCCGUCCAGAGCCUUCUGGACACCUGUCGCACAGCGGAUACAUCUACUUCGGGUUCAUCUGCGAGUGAUGCGGAGGGCGCGGAGCUGUGCGAGCUGCUGCUGCGCUUGUUGGACGCACACCUCCGGCAGCACAAGUGCGGCGGCCUGGGGAAGGGCUCGGUGGUGUCCGCCCUGUCGGGUCUGCUGGCAGCGUCGCACGCGGCCAAGCGUUGCGCCUUGCAGCACGGCCUCCACCGCACGCUCCUCUCCCGGGCCAGGGACCUGCAGCUGCGGCUCAGUCUGGACAGCGCUGAGUGUCUGCGCCGUCUCUCCCACAAGAGACGCGGACGUAAUGAUGGACAGAUCUGCCCGGUGUUGGACGACCUGCGGGUUUUGCUGGGUGUGGCGACGAACUUCAUGGUGUGCAGCGGCAGCGUGAAGGCCGCGAUGGCUGAGGCGGGGCUGGCGGACCUGGUGCACAAGGCAUGGGUGUGGUGUGCUGUCGUGCCAUCCUUCAUGGCCGAGAUGCUGCGGCUACUGUGCACACUCACUACUGACUGCCUGCCAGCACCCCUCGUGGUCCUCCGUCGAGGGACUCCGCCACCGCCGUCGCACUUCCCCUUCGCCGAGAUCCCACUCGACGCCUCGCUCGGAACUUCACUCGGAACUCCGCCGCGCACACGACACUAUCGCCUGGAACUGAACUCUUCGCCCUGGAACCUUCGUCCAGGGACUUCGCCAUUCAAUCGCCCAGAAACUCCGCCGUGGGAAAACUCCCGACGUCCUCUUUUUAUAUAUCAGCCAUCAUUUCUGAAACUCACGAGCGCGGCUGGGGCCAUUCGCGUCAUUCCGCGCUGACACGACAGCAGAAAUCUCUCAAAACAUGUGUCGGCGGCUCUCAUAACUCCGCAGCUGUACAGUUUCGGAUGUCAAACGGCGCCGCACGGGGAGCUGUGGGCUGAAGGGAGGGGAAGUGGCGACCCAGGUGCGCACGGCACAUCUCAUGUUACAGCGGCAUGUGAUAUCAGCCCAGUUAGCUCUGCACCUGCACGUGACACAACCUUGCUAACGUUCAUAACUAUAUAUAUAUAUAUAUAUAUAUAUAUAAAACAUUACAUCAGAUAAUAGGUGCACUAUACGGGUUUCAGUUUUAAAAAUUAUUGUAUACCACAAUAUUAUUACUGUGCUGCUGGAGCGGCAGUGGGAUACAGAGAUGUUAUAUUUAUCUCGGUUUCAGACAACAGGCAUUUAAAAAAUUAUAUAUCUUGAUCAGUGUAUUUUAUUGUUAUUAAUCCUGUUAGAUUUUCAAGAAGACAUUUUUAAAGUGUGUUAAAAUGAACUCCCAUCUCCGGUAUACGGCAGAAGCUGCCUUCAAGCAGGUAGAAAAAAGAUAACCAAGUAUCUUGGAGGCCCCGUGCUGAUUCAGAAUUCAAAUCAAAAACUUCCUUUGUUCUGUCCCUUGUCCUAUCUCUAAAAGUCAUCAAUGCCACAAGACCUGUACUUUACAUUAUAAUCUCUCUCAUUCCUCCAGCACUGACUGGCAGAAUUUUUUUGUCACUCCCACCCCCUUCCUCAAUAGGAUGUUUCUGCCUUCUUAUGCCCUUUUGACAUGCCUGACAGCCUCAGCACUUCCACCCCAGUCAAACAAAUUUUUGCCAGCCACAGAUUUUUAAAUCAAACUACCCAAUGACAAUAAUAAUUCCAGUAUUCGGAGGGUUUGGGUUUUACCAGACAACGGAUCCUUCCUUUUUUUCAUGGAUGAAAAUAUUUACUGGCUGUUAUUAAUAAGUAUUAAAAUAAGCUUCACGAAAAUAUUAUGUUGUAAGUAGGGUAUAAGUGGGAUUAAUUUUUUUAUAUAAUUGCAUCUAGUGACUCGAGAAACAACUGUACUACUUGGUGCUAGGUGGCUUGUUUGUGGUCUAAUUAUUGUAAAGUGUGGUGCUGAAAAGUCAUGUUAAACAAACAGGCCUAUAAAUUUGUAGGAUUGCUUUUCCAAACAUAUGUUCAUUAAAAUAAAUUGCUUGUACUGGCAUUCCGGUUCUUUAUUUGGUUCCGGGUUCUCCGUUUUAUGUUAACCUUCACACAAUUUCAAAUCACACCAAAGAUACAGUCUGCCCUAAUAAAUGGUGUGCAGAUAUUGGGAACUAAAAAGCUUAAAUUGUAAUUGGUCUUAAAAUUUACCAAAUUUAUCAAUUUAUAAGAAAGUUUACUUCCGAGUACAGUAAAAGAUAUUGGCAUACCAUCAGUCGCUUGGGGACAACCAACCUCAAAAUGACGAUCUCGUAGAUUUCUACAUAUCCUGGUUGAUUAGACAGGCUGCAGCCAACCCUCAAACUUGGUCCUGGGAAUGCCUUGUAAGUUACAGUAGCCUCACAAUGUAUCCUCGAACAUUGGACUCCGGAAUUCCGGACUGGCUCUGCUGGUCCUCCAUUUUACGAACUAGAACACGGUGUUGGUGUCGCCCUCGGAGUUGGAUGAAUUAGUUUCUCGUCACCCUCAUGAAUUUCGUAGGUUCUCUUCCUAAAUCUCCAAAGUAAUUAAUUCUUCAGAUUUUUAAAAUAUUCUUUUAUAGUUGUACACUCGUAGUUACUUCUCAUAGAUUAACAAUAUCAGUUCAAUUCCUUGCUUUUA